GAAGGGAUGAGUUCAACAGCAAACUCGAGUAUGUGGACAGCGGUUUCAUAUCUGAUUAUGGAGCGAGUCGAUGAUCUGCUCUACGCUGAAUUGUUGAUGUUCUCGUUUAUGUUUUCGGUGGUUAUGCGAAUGAUUUCCAAUGGGACAAUACGUGAAAUUUGUGGUGCACUGAUUGGUAUUCUAAUGGUUUAUUGGUUUGUUGGCUCGAAGCUUUUGUAUUCAUUAAUUAUUGUUUGUGCAAAUAUGGUACUUUUUACAUAUGUUAAAAACAGAUAUUUACCGCUCUAUUCAUUUCUACUGACGUUCACAUAUCUCGGUUUAUUACGUCUUAUACAUUUGUUCGGGUUUCCGCCGCUGAUCUCGCACGCUAAUGCUGUACAAUUGUUUAUGACAUUACGAUUAGUUGGACUAAGUUUCGAAAUCGAGGAUGCGAGACGAAAGAAUACGAUAAAAUGUGAUCCGAAACGUGUUCGUUUCAUAGUUGAACCAAACCCAUGGCACACUUUCUUAUAUGCCUACAAUUUUGCUGGAUUAUUUACAGGUCCAUAUUAUACGUACGCAAUGCAUCGUGACACGGUGGAUAAUGACGAUAUAAUGGAUAUUUCGGUUUGGAGUGAAAUCUUUUGGCGUCUAUGGAAUUUAGCAUGGUCAUUGCCUGCGUUCAUCAUUCUCGUCUACGCAUUCCCACUUCAGACGAUGCGCAGUGAUGAGUUCUACGAUGAGACAAUAUAUUAUCGGAUUUGGGUGAGUGGUUUAGUGUUCUUUUGGAUGCGUUGUCGAGUGUAUAGUGCUUGGAUGGUGGCCGAAUCGAUUUGUGUUCUAAACGGGAUCGGAGUAUAUCCAGAAAAUUGUUGUGCGCGUGCUGGUCAAGGACCCACUAAACUCGAUUCUUUUAAAGAAGAAAUGAAUGCCCCCGGUACGGUGUACAACUCAGAAGCUGUGCGCAACUUGGACAUUUGGUCAGUUGAAUUUGCGCCAUCUUUUCGUGCUGGAAUGCGUGCAUGGAAUCGUUCUGUACAAUAUUGGCUUGCCACUUACGUUUAUAAGCGCGUAUCGCGCGAUUUUGGAGUAUUUUUAACGAUGUUGGUAAGUGCAUAUUGGCACGGUGUUCAUCCGGGUUAUUAUCUGUCGUUCUUAACCGUACCAUUGUGCACGUUUGCUGAGGAUCAGAUUGUUUCAAUUAUGCCACACGACAAAAAUGGCAAUUUACCAUUAACCUUCACAAUAUUUUGGUAUGUGAUUCGUCAACUCGGUUUCACGCUUAUGGCAUCUGGGUUUUUGUUGCUCACCUGGCGAGACACGAUCAGAUAUUGGAAUUCUGUGCAUUAUCAUGUGCAUUGGAUCAUGGUUACAGUGAUCGUUUUUGCAUGGCUUUACAAGACACUUCUUUAUGCAGGUAUUAUGUUUGUUACGGAGAAGCUUGCAUCGAUUUUCCACUUUCAAACUUUAAAAUUCUUCGAUUAUUUUUCAUUUGUAGACGUUAAAACGAAACGAAGCAGGAACACCAACAGGAAAGAAACCGAUUCGAAUAGUAUCAAAAUGAGAAACCAUUAUAAGGCGAAUGAUGGUGGUGAUAGUUUCAAAAUUGCUAGUGAUAGUAAUACCAUUGUGACUGGUGAUGAUUCGGGUAAAGUAAGUGUUUUUGUGACUUCUUCAUUACGUUUGCCAUAA